AUUUUAAAGUCAGUCAGUCGACCUCGGAACACUGGGGAGAACGCUUGUGCCUACGCCAUCUUGAAAUUGUGAUGUGAUUCGAAAUUCAAAAGUAAUAAAAAUAACAGUGACGCGUGUUGUUUUGUCGUUGUUUAAAUUCGGUGUGUUUGUGUGUGUUUUUCGGUAGGUGACGGAUUAUUUGGACAUACGACUUGAAUAAAAUCUGAUACCAUUGUCAGCAAUAAUACACUGGAUAAGAAGAACACGGGCAUACAUUUAAGAUUUGUAGUUGAGAAAAGGAUUUCAAAUUGGAUUCACAAUUAAAGAUGAUACUAUGACGAAGUGUCUACAAUCAGUGAUUGGCCAGUCGCGAAACUGAUACGUGACUGAUGUUUCUCAAUACUUAAAGAGACAGCCAUACCGAUGGUACCAAAGCUAAAACCACCAAGUUGACAGUUACCGAUACCAAAUUCAGUGGUACCGGGUACCUGGUACCACACGUUCCGAUGCCAGAUGAAACCAAUGCCACGCCAGAAAAAGAUGGCGAUAGGGUGAACGAUACCGAAACGAAAGAAGCGAAAGAGACAAAAAGUGUUUCUUUUAAUCGCGACGUGCACGUAAAGAGAUUCGGUAAACCGCGAGAAUCGCGGGGCGCCUCGAUCGAACAAACAAGAAAAGAACCUUUCACACAUUUAUCUAAAGAAGAACUAAUAGAAGAAGCUAACAAAGUCAGAGCUCAAGCGGAGAGCGUCACUUGUACAACUGAUCAUCCUCCAGAAAAGUUUUAUUCUCUCCCACACAGAAGAAAAUUUAAAGAAGACAAACUUGGAAGAAGAAAUAGUGACGACGGCGCUGAACCACAAAAAACUCCUUUAGGAAGAUCCACCAGCGAUGUAAGUCCAAAAAAGAAGAAAGAAAGAACAUCAUUAUCGACACUGUUCAGAAGAGCACAAAGAACUAAAAGUCCCGAUGCUCCCGUAGUUGUCACAGCAAAACCUGUAGCAAUAGUCAAGAGAAGUAAGAGCGACGUUAGUGAUUUAAAAUCCAAUACAAAUUUAAGCAGCCAAUCUAAGCCCAUUCGCAAAAGAUCUGGCAGUGAGACUGAAGAGUUUUUAAAAUCUUUAAGAAAUAAAAAAUCACAGCUCUCACCUAUUAUCGAAAGCUCACCUAGAGAAGAUUAUUUCAAAAAAACUCCACCACUUGACUUAUUUCAAAAGCAAAAAUUAUCCAAAAGAGAUACUAACAAAUCUGAGGAACAAAAUUCUUGUAGUGAAAGUAAAAAAGUGAAUCCUAUAGAAAAACCUCCUAGAUAUAAAACUCCUGAGAAACAAGAACCUAAACCGCCAACCAGAUCUAAACGCGGUAAAUCAUUAGACAAAGAAAAGGAACAAUCACCAUCAAUAAAAGAGACACCAAAACGUAAAACUGAAGUAAAAAAGACUCUUUUGGUAGAUGAAAUAGAUUCUAUUAAAGCGAAAGAUAUCAAUCCUGUUGAGCUUAAAGAUAGAAUCAAAGAGAGUAUACGGAAGAUCGAAGAAAACGUGUAUGGUAGUAAAGAAAUGAUACAUAGUAGUCAACAGCCCCCUGAUAAGCCACCGCUGACAAGGGGGCACACAGUAGAUCAUAUCAUCAGAAUAUUGAAAGAAGACCAGUCUUCACCUCCACCAAAAUCGCAUCUAAUUUCACCAACAAACGGCACCAACGUUAACCAACCAUUUUCAUACAUUAAACCUAGUGUAAGCCCUGAUCCAAAUUUAUUCGUAAGGAGCACGAGCCCAGACAGGCCACCGUCUCCCGUCAACAAAAUGAUGGAUAAAGGAGUUGUCUACGCCCAAGUUGUAAGAGAUAAUGGUGAUUCUGGCAAUCAAAAAAAUGGAAAGCAGACUAUUCAUAAAACUUACUCACCAUCUCGAGAUAAAUUGGGAAAUUUCUCAGAUGAAGAUGAAGGUUUGGGAUACGAAGAAAGAUAUAAGAAUUCUUUGAAUAGAUUUGAUUAUAGUCCUACCUUCAAGAACGAUAAUCAGAACUAUAAUAGUAUAGAAGGUUACAAUAUUACAGAUUCUCCAAUAAGACCAAGAUAUAGAGAGUAUAAACUAAAAAGUUUUGACGAUUUCGAACCAGAACCGACGUAUGCCAAUGAAUAUCCAUCUCAUAAAGACAAAUCCCAUGAUUUUAUUGAUAGCUAUAGAGGACGAGGUGAUGGUAUGGAUACCAAGAAAAAAUAUUAUGAAACAGAAAAUAAAGUUGAUUUAGACUUUAAUGAAUUAAGUCAUAGACGUAAACUUUUAGAAUCAAGGAUUAAUGCUCGAAGAAUUGAUCUAUCCGAAAGAAUAGAUCGAAGUGAUAGAAUCAUUAAAUCAGAAGAACCACGGUAUUUAGCUGAGCCUGAUCCAAUAUAUGAAGCAGAAAAGCGAAGAAAAGCUACAGAAAAAUAUGUGAAUGAGACAGCUAGAUAUUAUCGUCAAACAUUAGAAAGAGAUGGUUUUGCUGAGAGCAGUCUCACUGAAGAUUAUAGUAGAUAUGAUUCUGACAAUCAAAAAAUAAAGUCGGUAUCUAGAACAUUCGAGAAAGUUCCAAAGGGAGAAAUAGAUCGACGUGAAUAUAUUGAUAGACUAGGCCCUGAUUUAAAAUAUAAAAAGGAAAAAGAUUUUCCACCUGAGCCUGAAUAUGAGCCUCCAAGCCUUGAAUUUACGCCAAAGGCUGUUAUGCCCGAUGAAUAUAAAGAGAAAAAAUACAAAGUAAAAAAGAAUUUUGCUUCUAGUCAAGAUGCGGCACAUUCUGGCCACCAGAAAUAUAAGAUAAAAGAUAGCUGGUUUGGGAAACGUAAGGGUCAUUAUGCAUCAAAUCCUGAAAUUGCUCAAGAAAGAGAAGAAGAAUACGCCAACAUUAGAUCUGAAGCAAAACACGUAGAGUCGUAUCAUAACUCUUUACGCCGAACAAAAAAUAAAGAAAAGUAUCAUAAAGAGGAUUUUGGUAUAAGGAGACAUGGUUCAGGUGAUAGCGGAGGUUAUUAUCGCGAUGAUAAGUCUCCGCGCCGAUAUGAUAUUGACAAUCGUCUUGUUGAUUCUGGCAUUGAAAAUGAUUUCCGCAAAGACUCAAGCGGUGAGCUACAUAGAAGCAGAUACAGAAUUCAUGAAAGUGACGAUGAUGUACGAGAUAUAUCUUUGUUUUUGGCUAGCGAGAGAAGACAUACUGAAGAUAACUAUCCCAGUGAGCAGAUUUACGCUAACGGUGAAUAUAUGGCUCGUUUCAAAGAGUAUAAAGGUGAUGGUUAUAGGAAAGAGUACUCAAGAGAUAGAAGUAUAGAUGGAAUAUCACCUUUAGGACAUAAAGGCAACAGAUUUGACAAAAGUCCAAGUGGACACGAUGACAAAGUCAGUGCGAAACCACCGAAGGCCACUAAAAAGCUUUCUGGACUUGAGAAGAUGAAACAGCUAUUCUCUCGCGACUCUUCGAAGAAGAGCAAGAAAGAGAAGGAGGUAGUCCAGCCAAAGACUCGCACCCGGGUGCUCAAGAGCCCUAAAUAUCUUGCUAGACACGACUCUGAAUAUAGAAGAUACACAGACCCAGAACCGAGUGACAUCAUCGUCAGGAAGAUCGACUACGACUGUCAAGCAGAUGAGCGCAGGUAUCGAGGGUCCAAAGAGAGCUUGGACAAGUACAGGGGCGAGAGGGAGACACCAGAUAGAACGAGAGAGAAGGAGUUUGAUGGCAGAUACGACAGGACUUUAAAAGAAGAUCGUCACUACAAAGACCACGUCGAGCGCCGCUUCUACACGCCCGACCGCGACAGCGACCAGCACUCCAGGCCCUCGGACGUGGAGAGCGAGCUGAGGAAGUCCAGGUCUAGAACUGCUGGCUCCCGGAGUGCCCUGGACUCCCCGGCUUUGGCUGAACGUUACCGCGAGCGCCGCAGACUGGCAACACCGAGCCCGACCCCCUCCCCGCCGCGUCGCCCCGCGCCGCAGCCGACCUCUGCCGGCAACUGGUUCAAGUCACUUGACAGACUGACUUCGAGGAAACGCGCGAGCGGGAAGAAUACUAAGGUCGAGAAAGAAAGCAUUCUCACCACAGAGCACGAGACUCCCCGGAAACCCUGGUCGAAGCCGACAAAGCCCCUCAACUCGCCAGCCAAGAACCUGCGCUUCUUCGGAGACACCGACCAGGACUCCGACGCAAAUGUUAAACCUUCAAUCAAGAAGAACCACGCGAAAUCCCACGGAACUCUCCGAAAGACCAUCUCCAACUCCAGCACCGGGCUAGACGAGGUCGACCACAGCGAGCUAUCGAGCAAAAGCUACUCUUUAUCAAACUUGCACAGAGAAGAGAAGAGCGAAUCGCCGCGUAACAGAUAUUACAAAAGGAAUCUGCAGAACAUAUCGGAGAAUCACAGCAAUUCGGAGACGGAGAGUCAGUUCGACAGACAGACGAACAAGAAGCCGCCGAUGAGCCCGUACGGCCGGUCGCGCAGCCGCAGCAGCUCCGCGACGCUGAAGGCCGAUCUGAGGGGCAGCAAGCAGGAACUUGCCAGAGAUUUCAAUGAAAGAAGACGCGUGGCUCCAGCGGCGUCGGGCGCGAGUAGCACGGAGGGCGAGUCCAGCCACCCGUCGCAGCACUCGCAGCGCAGCGUCGUCUAUCUGCACGCCACCACUGUGGGAGAGAUCCCGGACGCGCGGCGCAACGACGCGUGCGCGCGCUCCGGCGCGAGCUUCUCGCUGGCGGCGGCGUGGGGUCCGCGGCACGCGCGCCCGCGCCGCCGCGACCUUCACUACGAACAGCGCCCCAGGAAACCCAAAGCUAAAGAGUUCAACAAAACCUCAUCCAUCAAAAACUCCAGCGAAGAACGGCCGUCGUUACAAAAGAAUAAGUCUUACAGCCAGACGACUCUAACACGGAGGCCUCGAGAGAAUGACAGAUUGACAAGUUCCAGCACGACUUUGUAUAGAAAACCCGACAAACGCAGAGAUGUAGAUCAAAACACGACGCUGACUCGGAAGUCAGUGACGCGCGACAGGAAAAGCCAGUCGAGUGAAAUCCUGAAUAGAGACCAUCGCGAUAAGGUCUCCAGGUCAAUUUCUAUGCCUAAAGACAAUAAUAAAAAAGCCGGUUGGUUUAAAUUGUCCAAUAAAAAUAAGAAACAGGAGAUCAACACUAGGGUCCGUUAAGUUCAAAUACUUGAACGUGUCGGUCGGUUACCUAAAUCUGAGAAAUUGAAGUCAUAUUUGUAUGUAUGUGUAUUGUAACAAAUUUUCUAAUGGAAAAUAAACUUUUUACUACACCAGCGCCCCUAGCAGCGAAUUAGCUCGCAUUAGUCUGAGAGAUGACGUUGGAUAUGGUUUAAUUUAACGAGUUAAUAGAAGAAAUAGUAUUGAUAUGAAUCUUGAAUCGUCCAUAAUUCAAUAAUUUGGUGCUACCUAUAUGUUUAAGAUAUUAAUAAUAUAUGGACUCUUUUAAAGUGCCAUUUGACCAGUUUUAUAAUGUUACCAUUUAUCAAUCAAUCAAUUUUUAGAUGGUCGAAUUGUUUUUUUUUUUUUCAAUAAAUAAA